AUGGCCGUGUGGACAAAUUCAGCCAAAGUAACAGAGUUCGGAUGGAAAUCAAUGCCUUAUAACUUACCUGCUGUCGACAAUACCCAGGAAAGUAAACAGAAGCCGUCGGAAAUCGGUGAUUUCCCUAGUUUGCUGGUGCACAAAAGGGCUGUGUCGUGUCCUAACAUGGUCUUGCUGAAAAAUUCUGCAGCUGAAGCACUACUAGAGACCUGGUGCAAAUCUACUAGGUACCAAUAUAAUACUGACGGCUAUCUACGAUAUCCGGGAAAAUGGACAGAAACCUUUGGAAAACUGCGAUUUCCAUAG